UUUCAUGUUGGCAACCGGUAUUUGAAACCUUCAUCCUUCCACAAGUGUCAGGUUUACAAAAUAAAAGAAAUAAACUACAUUUUAUUGAUUGACCUGAAUAAAGGGAAGUAAAACGUAAUAGUUACUGCGCAGAUUUUGAAAGGACAACUCACUUGUGAUAUACGUUCAUCAUGGUUGGGAUAACAUUUCGGAAGAAAACCUAUGUCACGGUACACCUGGAAACAUACUCGUUUUACAAGGAAUAUCAGGAAACCCAUAAGAUGAAGGUGCCAAUGGAAACAUUUAUAGCAUUUUGCGUCUUCAAAUAUUGCCCCAGCGACUCCAUUAUUUUAAGGUUCGUUCCAGUAAAGCCAACCCCAGAGCAAGUGAAGGCAGCGGUUAUAUUAUCUGAAGAGAAUCUCGUUUAUAUGAUAAAUGACUAUGAGGUACCUUGGCCAGUGGCCAUGUGCGUUUACCCAGUUAUCAUGAACGACGACCUCAUAGUGACUGGCCUCUGUGCGGUGGCCAGACAUAUUACUGCCUAUAGAAUAUGUGGUCGGAUACCAGAGGAACAUGAAGAAGGCUUACUCGGUUUCCGCCAUAGCUGCCUACAAGCACCAAAUGAGGUUUCAAUCUGGACGAAAUUCUGUGAAAUAGAUAUGAUAAAGGCUAUGCAGGAAAUAACCAAUGCUGUCGAGUUAAAAGAAUUGCCUAAACACUUGGUAAGAUUUGAACAUCACUUGAGGAAGCCUGUCAGAGUGCAUAACAUAUAUAAAGUUGCAAGGAAUAUUAAAAAGGAAAGUUUGAAAGCUGAGCAGCAAGCUGGGGGAAAAUCAACAGAUGGUCAGGAGGCUAGUGGGGCUAGUGAUCCACAACCAAGUACAAGCAGUGCUCCGCCUGCAAGCAGCAGUGGUAGCCUGCAAUCAGUCAAAGAAGAAGAAACAGUAGAGAAACCAGACAAAGAUGAGCAACAGCCCAUUGCUGAGCAAUCAGUCGUUAAUGAGGAGCAAAAAGCUGUUGCACCAUCAGUAGAUGCUGAGCUGUCAACUCAAGUGAAUAAGGCAGAUGUUAUAAAACAGGAAGGUGAUGUGAAUGAUCAGCAACAAAUAGCUGAACAAAAGACAAGCACUGAACAACCAGCAAAUGCUGGACAACAAGCAAGUACUGAACAACCAGCAAAUGCUGGACAACAAGCAAGUACUGAACAACCAGCAAAUGCUGGACAACAAGCAACAAGUACUGAACAACCAUCAAAUGCUGAAAAACAAGCAAAUACUGGACAACAAGCAAGCACUGAACAACCAGCAAAUGCUGAACAACUAGCAAGUACUGAACAACCAUCAAAUGCUGAAAAACAAGCAAAUACUGGACAACCAGCAAAUGCUGAACAACAAGCAAGCGCUGAACAACCAGCAAAUGCUGAAAAACAAGCAAAUACUAACCAAACUGAGAGUGAUAAGGCAAAUUCAGAGAAAUCAAAUGCUGAGUUACAAGCACUUGCAGAUAAACAAACUCCCAAAGAAAGCGGAGAAGGAACUUCAGCUGCACCAAGGACUUCAAAACCAAGAAAAUGGAAAUCUCUCAGAAAGAGAGAAUGUAUAAUAGAAAGUACAACAAAAAUAGAAGACCUUCAAGUAAGCCAUCAAUUUGCUGAGGGCCCGUUCUUGACACUCGCAGAUCUUGUACUCCUGCCAUCAUACCAUGUGAUAAUACACACUAUAGGAGAGCAGCGCUUUGAAUCUCUACUGCCAACUACAUACAAAUGGUACAAGAAAGUCAUGUCCUUGCAAAAAGUACAGGACACAUUUGUCUGUUACAUGGACAAGUUUGACAUAAAAUUGAAUACAUCGGAAAAUAUAUCUUUGCCGACAUCUGAAGAUGUUAGCCUGUAUAAAACUGAUCCUAAGAGGCAUAACCCCAGAAAGAGGAUUUACACCAGGGAAGAAGAUAUAGAGGCAGCUCUAAGUUUCGUAAAAGAAGGUAUGGAGUUGCCCAUAUCUGAGAAUAACUAUGAACGUGCUUUCGAAUGGAAAGAUAUACCAGAAUAUGCAAGUCCAUAUGCAGGCUUUCUACCCGACACAAGAGCCGAAAGGAAAUCACAGCAAUUAGAAAAUUUGGUACUAGCUGUACUCAAAAUGGCGACAGAUGGAGAUGUCAUUGUAGAUUUUUGCUGUGGUGGUGGACAUUUGGGUAUCCUGCUUGCGUAUCUACUGCCACGAUGCACUAUAAUAUUUUUGGAGAACAAAGUGCAAUCUCUGGUCACAGCAAGGCAGAGAAUACAAAAAUUGCGCAUCAACAAUGUAUUUUACUUCCAGUGCAAUUUAGAUUUCUUUAUUGGUGAAUUUGACAUUGGUGUGGGGUUACAUGCCUGCGGUAUUGCUACUGAUUUGAUCCUGGACAAAUGUGUGCAGGCAAAAGCAAAGUUUGUACUCAGUCCUUGCUGCUAUGGAUCUCUCCAUUAUACAAAUAGAUUGAUAUAUCCCCGGAGCCAAGCAUUCUCCAGUGUACCCAUUUUGAAAUAUUUGUGUUUGGCUCAUGCAGCUGACCAAACACAUAAGGAGCAUCCACUGGCUGUUAGAGGUGCCAGGUGCAUGGGAAUCAUUGAUUCAGACAGGGGUCGCUUGGCGGAAGAAAUGGGAUACAAAGUGACACUCAUGAAGCUGAAACCUCCCACCUGUACACCAAAGAACGAUUUGUUGAUAGGAAUACCACCAGAGGAAUAAAUAAUAUAAAUCAAACAAAGUUUUUUUAACAGAUCAUUUAUUUUAUUAACAGUUUUUAAAAAUGUAGAAUUAAUACCUACUUUAACAAUAGCAUGUUCUCAACCUCCCCUUAUCAAAACUUUCGAAAAAUAGCAUAUUCAAUAACACACUUCAUGGUCAAACAAAGUUCAACUGAUUUUAAAGCAUAAUCAUUGGCAUCAAAUUGUGAUACUUUUAUAUUAAAUAUACAAAGUACCAAAUUUUCAACUUUGUAUAUGAACCUAAUCCACUCUGGCGUAGACAAUGGCUGUGCGGCAGGGGAUGUAUACCUGAAAUUAGAUAAAUAGGUAUACUGCUGAAUCUAGUCAAUAAAAUUGGCACAGUUGAUAAUGAAACACAAUUUCUAUGAAUAAUGAAUUGAUUCCAUCAAAUACUGGCACUAAAUUGCAUUAGACUAUUAUGGCCACGAUGAGCUGUGAUGAAGGGCAAAGGAAAGGCUGAGCGAUGAAACCAGGGCAUUUUAUAGUGACCAUAGAAUGGGAACAUGAAUGAAAGAAAAUCAUGGUCUGAUAUAGAAUCUGAGAAUAUUUUGGGAAAGAUAUUUAAUUAUAGUGUUUAUUAUUGAUGUUUGAUGUUUCUAUAUAAAAAUAUAUUUUGAUGUUGAUGUUCCUUGUUGUAGGUAGAAAUUGGUGUCUACAAUUUUAUUAUAAAAAAUAAAAAGGGUUCAUUAUGUCCUACAGCUUAUUUACGUAACUAUUUGAUGAGGUUCAAGCCACGGCUAGUUUUAAGCCACGCAAGGGGCUGCCAAUUCUUGGUUCUGCGCGAUGCUCUCCAGGUCGGCAGUCCCGUAAUCUACUCAUGAUUAUGGGCCCUGGCGUGGCUUGAAACUAGUCGAGUUAUCUCGUCGAACAGUUACAUGAGUAAGUUAUACAAUAUAAUUAAUUGAAUACGUCUCGCUAUAGGUACCUAUGAAGAAAAUGUAUCAAUGUAUUACUGUGGUAGUUACAGAUUAUAUUAUUGUCAUAGAUUCAAGUCGAAUUGGUGUUUAUUGAAAUGUUAAAUACGAUGUUUUAGCAACGAUUUAUGUGGUCUAAGUGUCUAUUCGAAUAUAAACCAGUAGCUGUAUCAAAUAUCGAUGUUAUACUAUUACUUAUUAAGUGAUUCUGAGUUUGGCUCGUUAUGAAAAAUAUUUGAUGUUAUGUUUCAUAUAAAAUGGAAUUAAUGUUAUUUGUUAUGUGUCUAUACAAUAGGUAUAUUAUUCUAUAUGUUAAUAGUUCAAUGUCGUUAUAAAAGCAAAAAAUCAAACAAAAAAACAUUGAUGUUUUAUAUAAAUGUGUUAAAAUAGAUUACAGUACCCUUAGUACGCUAUUACUUAUUAAGUAAUUCUGAGUUUAUGACUCGUUAUGAAAAAUAUUUGAUGUUAUGUUUCAUAUAAAAUGGAAUUAAUGUUAUUUGUUAUGUGUCUAUACAAUAGGUAUAAUAUAUUCUAUAUGUUAUUACUUCAAUGUCGUUAUAAAAGCAGAAAAUCAUACAAAAAAACAUUGAUGUUUUAUAUAAAUGUAUUAAAAUAGAUUACAGUAUCCUUAGUACGAGUUAGCUUUAUGUUUAAAGUAAUCAAACGAGAACGCGUUCGGCGCUUUGAUUGGUUGAUUUAUUCGAGCCAGCCAAUCACAGCGCCAAACGUGCUCUUGUAUUGAUUACUUUAAACGUAUAGCAAACUUGUACUAAGGGUACAGUAAACAUGUUCUCUAUUCUUCGAUGUCUAUUGUAUUUAAAAUGUAGAUCAAUGUCAAUUCCGUGCUGAUCUUGAAUGUGUCGUAUUAUUAUGUGAUAAGAGGUCAACCUACUCUAAUAUAUUUUCAACUUUAAUGCAAAAUACAUAAGGUUGUAAAUGUAUUGCCAGUGUAUGUACCUACUUAGUACGGACGCGAGCAAAUUAACAGACUCCAAUCUGUCAAUGUUUUUGAAUCUUCGACUUUAUAUGUAAACUAUAUAAAGUUGAAAAUCGACUAAAAGAAUUUGAUAGAGACUUAUUGAUUUGCUAGUGUCUGUAUACUACCUACUCGAUGUUUUAAUGUACCUGAUACAAAUCAAAUGCUUUUUAAAAUCUGGAUGUGCCAAUUGGUGUAACAUUAAAUGAUUGAUGGAAAUAAAUGAUUGAAAAAUAUUAA